UCCUUGCACCCCUCGUGCUAAUAUUUUGGGACUCCUAGCAAUUGCAUGCCCGUCAAUGAGCCGGGCAUCUGUACCUGCAGACACACAUGGAUGGCUGGCAGAUGAAGUAAAAACGCCAGAGUGCAAUUGGGAUGUUAGAGUGAAACAGAAAUUUGCCGAGGAUUGCUUGAUGUUUGUACAGAUUUGCUGUGCACAAAAUCGGUGUUGACGAGGGACCAAGAGGAUCGUCGUAUCGGUUGUGGGAUCUCAGGAGGGGCAAGGCCGGAUUGGAGAGAUGUCGAGUUGCAGAGGAACUGGUCAGAAAUCACCGGAGUUUGUCUGGAAUUCAUGUAAGAAAUUUGAGGAACUGGGACGGCUGUGUUCACGAUUUCCACAUUUGGCUUCACAGAGUAGAUCUUUCGCUUCCGACCAUUUGUAGCAGAGGUCGGGUUAGAUGUCAUCACUGGGUCUGAAGGAGCCACAACGCAGGUCAUGAAUGGGUGACUGCUACUGUGAGCCUGUUCUUUCUCGCUGGAUCUGAGAUAUAUAUGUACUUUAGUGUUAGGGUGCUUCGGAGACGUAAAGUUAGAGUAUUUAUUGCAGAAGCAAGGAGGCGGGUAUUUGCAAUAUUGUCGAAGCUACCUGCAAUUUGUUCCUGCUGUAUUUGGAGAAUUCAAGUAGCUACAGCCAUGGUAGAGUCUGCUGCAGAGUCUGAAUACGGAUCACCAGUGGCCCAACCGAUUGAUACUCUGGCAGAUUUGGCGGGUCAAAAGCUUCUUAAGUCUCCAGUACGGGAAUUUCUUGAAGGCUCGGUACCAUUGCCGCUUAACAUCGAGGCAAAGCGGCCACAGCUGCUUGUGUGUCAUGAUUACAAGGGAGGUUAUCAAGAGGACAAAUGGGUGCAGGGAAGGAAGGGAAUGGAGGGGUACGUUCUCUGGCAUUGGCAUUUGGUCGAUGUAUUUGUGUACUUCUCACAUUCGCUAGUGACCAUUCCACCUCCAGGAUGGAUCAAUGCCGGCCACAAACAUGGUGUUCCGGUCCUCGGAACUUUUAUUACCGAAUGGGCACGCGGUGCGUCGGUGUGCCGGGAGCUCCUUGCCAGUGCAGAAACUUGCUGUAUGUACGCGUCCCAGUUGGCAGAUUUGGCUUAUGGUUUGGGCUUUGAUGGCUGGUUGGUCAAUAUAGAGAAUAAGGUGGAUACGAAGGAUCUACCACGUCUACAUCUUUUUUUGCAACAUUUGCGACAAUGUAUGCACACCCUGAAGCCCAACUCUGACGUCAUCUGGUACGAUGCUGUUACAGAUGAAGGAGAUCUAGAUUGGCAAAAUUGUUUGAACGAGAAAAAUCGGUCCUUUUUUGCCGUCAGUGAUGGCCUCUUCACCAACUAUACUUGGAGUGAGGGGAUGGCUAAAUUAAGUGCCAAUGCAGCUGGGGAGCGGAACUUUGAGGUGUAUAUGGGGGUGGAUGUUUUUGGGCGCAACACAUUUGGUGGUGGAGGUUUUGAUUGUGACAAAGCGCUGAAGGUAGCACGCGAGGGAGAAGUAUCAGCAGCUUUAUUUGCUCCAGCAUGGGUUUAUGAAACCAAUCAACCACCUUCCUUUGAAAUUGCCCAAAGCAGGUGGUGGAGCCGCAUUGAAGACUGUUGGCCAAUUGCUCGUUGUAGUCCAAUAGCACUUCCGUUUUUCACCGACUUCAAUCGAGGUUGUGGAACUCGGGUGGCAGUAGAAGGAAAGGAGGUUUCAACUCAGCCAUGGUUUAAUCUUUCAUGCCAAAAUUUACAGCCGAUAUUGAAAGUGAUUGCACUGUCCGAAAGUCCCUUGGAAGUCAGCAUGAGUCAUGAGGCAGCGUAUAGCGGAGGGUCCUGCAUAAAAUUAACAGGAUCUGAUGACUCUCAAGGUUUGGUGCUGCUAUAUGAAUGUAACGUUCCCGUAAAGACGAGAGAGAUUCAUACAUCAUACUGUGUUCAUGUGGAUGAUCAGCUCCAUAUCUGUAUUGCUCUUAUUAUUCACAGAGAAAGCUCAAGAAUUGUAGUAUUGCUGGUAGAAGAAGGGUCUCAAGUACAAGUGCCUUCAACCUUGAAAAACUGUGUUGUCCAGCAGGCUACGCGCAAAGCAGAUUUGGAGACCCUCAAUUCAGAAAGUAACAAGUGGAUUGUGCGCAAGCAUGUGUUGGAACUAGGCAUUUGUGCACUUUCCCAAAUAUAUGCUGUUACGUACUCUCACGAGCUCGACGUAAAGAAGCUCAUAUCCUUAGUUGAGGAUAACACCCUGACCACGAGAACUUUGAUUACUGAUUCCGUUGCUGGUUCGAAAGAUCCUGAAAUUUUACAUGGCAUGCUAGGUCACCUGCGUAUAUCUACUGAACGAGAACAUGACAGAGAAUUACCCAACAUUGUUUUUGAAGGCUGCGAACCACAGUGGACACAAAAAUCCGAGGCAUGGAAAUCAGUUAGCUUGACUUUGAGGUGGGGACUGGUUCAGAUGCAUAGUUCACCUGGAAAUUGCCAGUGGGUGCAGUAUCACGUAUACAUAUCAAAAGAUGGUGAAUCAAGAGGCUGUUCAGUAAGCAGAGGAGAUCCCGAGUUUCUGGGAGUUUCAGUUGUAAAAGCAUUUUCUGUCCAAGACUUGUUGAUUUCUAGUUCAUGCACCAUGCUUAAUUUUCACGUCCAAGCUCACUGCACAUGUGGAUUACCAGGGGCCCUUACGGCUCCUUGCAUUGUUAGUAAUUCCAACAGCAAUCCGAGUUCGCAUCUGGACUCUGAUAUUUCAGGACCCGUUCUGAAUAAGCACGCAGUCUGAAUCAUUGCGUGGUGCAAUUUAUCAUUAAUACCACAAAUCAGUUGCAUUUGACUUCUGAACGCUAUGUUGAACUUGGA